UUUACUGUACUUCAAAAGAUUUCAAAUAUCAACUAUAACAUCCACAAUACAUCUUCUCCUUUUAGGAAUGACAUCCAGUGCAGGGAUGCCACAAUUCUACCAUCCAGGACCCAGUGAGUUUGCCCUGGCUCCAAGUGUUGACUAUCCAUUCACAGGACUGUUAUCUCCAUACAGCUCUAGACCAAGCAUGUCGGUGCCUCUACCAUCAACACCUGCAGACAUACAAACCAACACCAGCCCCUUAACUCCAGUUGCAGAAAACAGAUUCAUCGAUUCCUCCCCAGUGUUCAACACUCCGCUGCCAUUUGAAACACUGAUGAGCAACUUACAAGAACUGCUGGCUGCAGAUCAUCAUGCCAAAAAUGCAAAGAAAGCCACAGAAGCUGCUUGCACACAGUCCAGUGUUGGUCCAGCCUGCUUUUCAACACCCACUGAAGAUGUCUGGCAAAAACAACACGACACAAGCUUCAACAGCAGUAUCCACUCCAACACACCUGAAGCUGUUCCAUAUUCCAACAACCAGAUGGUGCCAAACAUAUCUGUAACACCCUAUCCCAUUGGGUUUAACAUGCCAGCCACUCAAUAUCCCACCAACUGGAUCGUGCCUAACACAUCUGCUAUGGAAUCAACAGCAUAUCCCACCAACCAGGUCGUGCCUAACAUAUUAUCUUCAAGUUCGCCAAGUUCCUCUGAAGCUGAAUAUCCCACUGAGCAGGCUAGGAUUGCCGCUCGCGAACAUGCCCUGAAAGUGAAGUUCAGUCAGCUGGCCAAACACCAGACGAUGAGUCCACAGGUGAAGGAGCUCUCUGACUUCCUGCAGACUCAGUGCGCGCAGAUCGAGAUGUACCGAUUGCAGCAGCUGACGGAAACAUCGUACCCACACCACAAGGAAUGGCUGAAUGGUCAGUGUGACUCGCAGCUUCACCAGCUGAUGGACAGAGUAGAGGUGUCGCUACAGGUUCUCGAGAAGUGCGCCACAGACAACGGCAGACGCCAUGACGGGAGCCGACGCAAGAUCCCCGAGAGCGUGUCGCGAGUGUUCGAGGCGUGGUACCAGGCAAACGUGCACCACCCAUACCCGACUGCCGAGAUGUGUCUGCAACUCGCCGAUACCACAGGGAUGAAGGUGCAGCAGGUUCGCAAGUGGUUUUCCAACAAACGGUGUCGAUCCAAGGUGUUGCAAAGAAGUAUGGGAAAAAGCCUGGAUGAAGGAGUGACUAUUCAAAUGCAUUAACCAAGUAACUGAUCUAUUGAUGGUGUCAAAAACAAAGAACUUGUGAAAAUGUGUUAUCUGAAUCAACAGUGAUUUCUUUUGAUAUGUAGUUUUGUAUAUAUCAUGUUUUAAUGUAAAGUGCUACACUACACCUAUAAACUAUUUAUACUUAAAUCUAAUGAGUGCUACAUAAUGUGC